CUAUUAAAUUUAGUCGGAUACCUAGGAAACGAUUCAUCUAUCUCUUUCGUUCUAAUGCAAGUUUGAUAUUCUAUCUCUGUUUUCCUAAGUGAUAAGGAAAUUGAAACAUGGCGAAUAUUUUUGACAUUUAGGAAUGAAAUUAAUCGAGAAAAUGUUAGAAAUUUCUUGUUUUGUACAUUAAUGUUGGUGUUUUAUGAAUAAAACAUGGAAUUUCUGAUGGUUGAGCAUAUGAGCAAGGAUUCAGUAUAAGUGCUUGAGUGUGCAUUGCGACGGAACAGAACAUUUUAGAUUGAGGGAACAAAACAAAAUGUUGACUGUCCCAGUGAGCCGUCUGCGGGAGUGUUUGUGAGUGGUUCGAGGUGUCCCCACUCAAUUGUACAAUGGUUACGAUGAAUUCCUCCGAAAAGGCACAGAAGGCCUGCCAACAAGGGCCAUCCAGAGAUAACUCCUCAAAAGGCGCUAAGGAUGAAAGAGACAGCAGGAAGGAGCCCGCGCCCGCCCCGGCUGCGCCGCCCAGCGUGCAGGCGCUCCUGGCCGCCGUGCCCCCGCCCGAGGAGGCUCCCAACUACCUCGUCUAUAAGAAGAUGGAAGCGAUCAUAGACAAGAUGCAGGACGAGAACACGGGCGUGCCCGUGCGCACCGUCAAGAGCUUCAUGUCCAAGAUACCCUCGGUGUUCACAGGCUCAGACCUGAUAAGCUGGUUGAUGCGGCACCUCAACCUUGAGGAGACGUGGGAGGCCCUCCAUCUGGCCCAUCAACUGGCCAGCCACGGCUACCUGUUCCCUAUUGAUGAUCACAAUCUGUCUGUGAAGAAUGACAACACUUAUAAUAGAUUUCAAACACCGUACUUCUGGCCAUCAAACCAGUGGGAACCUGAGAAUACUGACUACGCGGUGUACCUCUGCAAGCGCACAAUGCAGAACAAAGCCCGCCUAGAGCUGGCGGACUACGAGGCGGAGUCGCUGGCGCGCCUGCAGAAGAUGUUCACCAGGAAGUGGGAGUUCAUCUUCAUGCAGGCCGAGGCGCAGAGCAAGGUGGACAAGAAGCGAGAUAAGCUCGAGAGAAAGGUGCUGGACAGCCAGGAGAGGGCGUUUUGGGACGUGCACCGACCUAUGUUGAACAAUUUUCAGCCUGGCUGCGUGAACACGACAGAGCUGGAUCCGAAGAAACUGUCUCGUAUCAACGCCAUGAAGGAGAAACGACUGAAACAGUGCCAGGAGUUGGCUCAGCAGCACAACUUGAAGAACAACCCGAUCGUGACGAUAACAAACCCUCAGGAGAGCGAGGAGGAGAUACAGAAGAAGCAGAACGCGGACAAUAAUAUCAAGGAGAACGGCGAAUCCUCCAAGCAGCCGACAAUAACCGUGACGGCGCUAGACCCGGCACAAAAGCCAGAGCCGACCAUAGAGCAGCAGAUAGAGGCGGCGCGGCGCCAGCUGUCAAUGCUGCGGCAGCGGCUGGAGAGACGAAACAUCAAAGUCAGCAAGGUGGCCGACAUGUUCAUAGCAUACUACGAACAAUACGCCGAGUACGACGCUUUCCUGACCGCUCCAGAGUGGCCCAACCCGUGGAUACACGACACCACCGAGCUGUGGGAGCAGGAGCGCCAGUGCAAAGACCCGCUGCCCCUUCGCCGCGUCCGCCGCUGGGGCUUCGGCCUCCGCGAGCUGAUCCACGACCCCGCCGGCCGGGAACACUUCGCCCGGUUCCUGUCCAAGGAGUUCAGCGGGGAGAAUCUCAAGUUCUGGAUAGCAGUGCAAGAGCUCAAACAGCUGCCGAUCCGGCGCGUGGCCGCCGCGGCUAAAGAGAUCUGGAAGGAGUUCCUGGCCAAUGAUGCCGCCUCGCCUGUGAACAUUGAUGCUGUUAGCAGGGAGCUGACUCGCCAGAAAGUGGAAUCCGGUACACCGGACCGGUAUUGCUUCGACCAGGCUCAGGCCCAUGUGUACCACCUGAUGAAGUCGGACAGCUACUCGCGGUAUCUCCGUUCGGAAAUGUACAAAGAUUACUUGAACGGAUCCAAGAAAAAGACAUCAGUCAAAGGUAUCCGUUCCAUAGUCUCCUUCACGGGCAGAAAGGAGACCUCCACAAACAAUUAACACAAACAAUACAAAAUCAUCAGCACGGGAACCCAUCUUGGAAGAAAAGUCCUUGAGAGCGCCAGAAAAUACCUCUUUACACAGAGGCAUACAGUAUUGCGUAAUAGCUGAAGGCAAAUUUAAAAAAAAAUGAAAGAAGAAGAAAAAAUGCAUGAUUUCAACUUGGCUGUUUGAGCGAUCGGAUCAUAGCUUAUGAACAGAAAAGAAAAAAGUUGAUAGGGAAUUCGGUAGUGCCAACUUGAGACUAAGUAACAUAACUGUUGUGGCGAUGUUGGUAUUGUUAUGCCAUCUUGGUUACACAAGGAAUAGGUAUGGAAAGCAGUCUACAUAAUAUACUUUGUAGGUAAAA